GCCGGGCCCGCGUCCCCAGCGGCCGCAAGGCAGUAGGAGGCCUGCCGGUCCGCCGGGCCCUCUCCUCCCGGUCGGGGGAGGCACUACGGCUCUCCAUGAACACCCGCGACGCCGGGUCUGAGGGUGUAGCGUUACCGCGGCGUGGGCCGUUUCUUUGCCUGCUUUCUUGACGAGCAACGUAAAUCUAACCGGCCCCUGGAGCGGUAGCUGGAGGCGGGCACGGUGCCCACUAGUCCCGCCGGCAGGCCGGGGGAAUGGGCGGCCGCCCGCCCGCCCGCAUUCCCCGGUGUGAGCAGGCUGGGCCGGGCUCUGGCUGCGGGCGUGGGGGGGUGGCACCUGUGGCUGCCGAACCGGUGCGCCUGCUGUGUUUUACAUUCGUGGCGACUCCGCUGCGUUUGGUUGCUGAGGACUGUGCCGAGCUCUAUUAAUAAAACUCAAAAUUCUCUGCGAAGUAUCUUGUAUCCUAGUUUUGCAAGGGGAACGUCAAACUAGUGUCUCUGACAGUGAUCACAGGAGGCUAUUUCUCGGUCCAAGAAAAAAGGUCUGAGCUUUGAGGAGAAGAGAGUUCGCAUGAUGGAGAUCUUUCUUGAAACAAAAGAUGUGUUCCAGUUGAAGGAUAUAGAGAAGAUUGCUCCAAAAGAAAAAGGGAUUACCUCGAUGUCAGUGAAAGAGAUUCUGCAAAGCUUAGUUGAUGAUGGCAUGGUGGACGCUGAUAGAAUUGGAACUUCCAAUUAUUUCUGGGCUUUUCCAAGUAAAGCUCUUCAUGCCAGGAAGCUUAAAUUGGAAGAAUUGGAGUCCCAGUUUGCUGAAAGCAGUCAGAAAAAAGAGGCUUUACAAAAAAGCAUUGAGAAAUCAAAAAUUGGACGUGAAGAUACUGCAGAACGUGCAGCUCUAAUAGAGGAACUUGCUGUCCUUCGGCAGAAAAAAGAGCAGCUAAAGGCAGAAAUAGACAAAUACAGAGAAUGUGAUCCAGACGUCAUUGAAGAAAUGCGCCAAACAAACAAAGUAGCCAAGGAGGCAGCCAAUAGAUGGACUGAUAACAUCUUUUCAAUAAAGUCCUGGGCCAAACGUAAAUUUGGAUUUGAAGAGAGCAGAAUUGACAAAAGUUUUGGAAUCCCAGAAGAUUUGGAUUACAUUGAUUAGCAUUCAGCAGUUGAUGGCUGACACAGUUGUACAUAGUUUGUUAAAUAUUCUCAGUUGGCAUUUAAAUGUGUAUCUGAAUCCUCUCCAAACAACUGACCACCCUUUAAUUCGCAGGUUUUGUUACAGUUAAUAAAAUUCUAAAAAUA